GUGGAUGGAGUCUGGUUUCACAAGUCAAGCAAAUGGCAUAGCAGUGGCAGAGUAUAUGUAUUCUACCACAUUUUGGGAAUCUAUUGAACAAAUUGUAGAAUUUUCAGAGCCUUUAGUAAAAGUCUUGAGACUAGUGGAUGGAGAUAAACCCCCCAUGGGAUAUGUGUAUGAGGCUAUGGAUAGGGCCAAGGAGGUGAUAAGGAGUAAGAUGGAAAAUAACAGAGAUAAGUAUAUGCCGUUGUGGGACAUAAUUGAUAGGAGAUGGGAUGGACAAAUGCACACUCCUCUCCAUGCUGCAGGAUAUUUUCUCAAUCCUCUGUUAUUCUAUAAGACUGACUUCCUGGAAAUUGAUGCUGAGAUCAAACAAGGCUUCUUCAAGUGCAUGGAAAAAAUGUUUCCUGACUUGGAAAAAUUUGAUGCGGCUACGAUAGAGCUGGAAAUGUACAAGCAUGCUAAGGGCUUUCUCUCUUCUAGGGCUGCUAUACAAAGCAGAAAGACAAUUCAACCAGCUGCAUGGUGGGCUUCUUUUGGAGAUGAAAUACCAAAUUUAAGGUGGAUGGCGGUGCGUAUUUUGAGCCAACCAUGUAGCUCAUCAGCUUGUGAGCGUAAUUGGAGUGUGUUUGAACACAUACAUUCUAAGAAACGCAACCGCCUAUCACAACAACGACUAAAUGACUUGGUAUUUGUUCAUCACAACCUCCGCUUGAAGAUAAGGAAAGCUCAAGGAACUAUUGAGGAAUGCUUGCCAAUUGACCUCGAUGAGAUAUAUCCAGAGUGCGAGUUGAUUGCUGCUGAUGAUGAUGAUGAUGAUGAUGAUGAUGAUGUUGAUGAUGAUUAUGUUGUUGCUGAUCGUCCGCUUGUGUCUGAAGAUUUUGAUAUCAUGAGGCAAGCCAACUUUCGUCCUGAAUGGGUUGAAGGAAUUAGGACAGGCUCUUACCCAGGAGCUUCAUCAUCAGGGCCUCCUGCUCUCUAGCAUGUCAUUGCCUACAUUUGAGAUUUUGGAAUUUUGUACUUAGUUUACAGGUUGACUUUAUUCAAAGUCACAAACUAUAUUGUAAUUGACAUUUUGACAUCUAUCACCAUCUAGAUAUUAUUUAUGGUGUAGUAUAUUUUGUGGAACGUAAUCAGUGAUAUGAAUAUAAACAACAAAAAUCUAUUUCCUGCAAUUCAUGUUUUCAAGUGUCUAUUUUAUUUGCCUACAAUAUCUCUAUGCUAUGGAAAUACCCUAAAAUAUAUAAAAAAAGUAGUUUUUGAUUGUUU